AUGUACAAUACAACUUCGAACGAUCAAUUUAUAAGUCGACCACGAAGACCAAUUCCAAGAGAUGAAGAGACAGUACGAAAAGCUUCUAAGGUCAUCGUUGCACAAUUUGACCUAGAAAUUUUAUUACGUCAUCGAGAAAUGCAGAAAAUUCAAGAAGAAUUGAAAAAGGCAGAAAGAGUUCUUGAAACUCUUAAACAUUGUAUUUUGGAACCUCCUCCGGAUAGACUUCAAGAUUCAAUUUGCAACGUUUCAGCAUCAAAUAAUCAAUCGAUCUCUUCUUCAUUGCCUUCAACGCGUCAUUCAACACGUAAAAUUUACUCUACCAGAGACAAUGAUUAUUAUUAUUUUGAUCCAUGUAGAGAUUUGUAUUCACGCAGAAAUGAUGGUACCUAUGUAAAAUUGGCUUGCCCUGAAUGUCAUCGUUCCAAAUUCAUCAAUGUUCAAGGUUUUCUAAAUCAUUGCCGUCUCUCUCACAAAAUAGAAUUUCCUAACCAUGAAGAAGCCCUUCUUAUAUGUGGCACCCCUGUGAAUGAAAGCAUAAUUCCCUUAGAUCAUCCUGCAAGAUCCAGAAUUGUCACUAGACCACCAUCACUUCGUACAAUAUUGGGCCAAUCAAAUGUUUCAACAAAUCUGUUUGAAGAAGAUAUUGAUCUUGGGGUGGAUGAACAUUCAAUUCGCCAUGAUAAAACAUAUUCUAACAAUCAAGAAAGUGGUUACUCCGAAAACUCUCCCAUUUCGUAUACUACGUCUGAUCGCGCCAUAAAAUCUUCUGAGAAUGAUACGAAUUUAGAUUCUCCGGACGUUUUAGGGCUGAACUAUACUUCUUCAGAAAUUGAUGAUGGUGAACUUAGUAGUAAUUCUAGUGAUUUGGACUUUUCACCCUUUAAUAAAACGACACCACCUUAUUAUCAACAAAAAAUUAAGUCAGAGAUAAAUAUUGUAAAUAAAAAUGACAAGAUUUCUGAAAAUAAUAUUGAAGAUUCUCAUUCAAAAGAAAAUGAAAGUUCAAAUGAUGCUAUCGGGAAAAGCGAGAAUGAGAUUAUGGAAAUUGAUCCAGUAACAAUAAAUAAUGAAGUUCAAAAAUCUCAAAAUGAUGGGUCUAAACUCAUUAAUAAUCCAAGAAGUGAAGUAGUUAAAGCCACAACAUCCGUAUCAACGACUUUCGAUCAAAUUAAUUUAUCUGGGAUAUCACAUCAGCGAGAAGUUACUACAAUUUCUGCAGCAUUUACUAUUCCUGCUUGUAUUAGUGUGUUUGACCCGAUUGAUCACGGUUCGAGGUUUUAUGUUAAACGUCGCAUUGUUGUUGGUAAUGUUUCUAAAUGGGUUGCUCCAGAAAAAAGAGAUCCAAAUCUUCAAAAAUAUACACAUAAAUGGAUGGUAUAUGUUGCUGGACCACCUCACGACUUAAAUGUUACGCCCUUUAUACGUAAAGUUAGAUUUUAUCUUCAUCCAAGUUAUCGUCCUCACGAUAUUGUUGAUGUGGUCGAUUCUCCCUUUCAACUUACUAGAUAUGGAUGGGGUGAAUUUCCGAUACGGAUACAAAUAUUUUUUGUUGAUAAGAGGAAUAAACCUGUGGACGUGAUUCAUGCAUUGAAGCUUGAUGACACUCAUAGUGGAAAACAAAGACUUGGCGACGAACGCGCAUUUGAUCUUGAAUUGGAUAGAAAUACAGAGUUUAUUGCUUCUAUUCCUGAGCACAAUAAACAAAAGCGCAAGUUGAAUAUAAUACAGGAUAGCACUCAACAAAAUGUAUCUAAAUUUAACGUUAAACAAAUAUCAGUUAAUAUCAUUCCUACUCAAAAAAAUAAAGAACACAAUGAAGUGCUUACUUUAGAAGAUAUUAAUUGUAUAGAACCUUUACUUAAUGAAGCUGUACAGAAUUAUCCGUUAAUUUUAUCGUUAUCUGCCCAUGCUGCGCGAAAAUCAACACUUCCUUAUUCGACUGCAACUUCAGUGAGAGCAUAUCUUUCUUGGGAACUUGAUCGUCGUAAAGCUUCAGAAAUAAACAGAGCAAAAUUAAUACGUUCAUUGGUUCAGUCGUUAGCGCGUACAUCAAUUGAUCAGAAAGUAAAAACAAUAGCCGAAUCAUUGACCACUAGACAGGUUGUUCUUUGGUGUCGUAAAAAAGGAUAUACACCUGUAAAUCUUGAAGGUGCAUCAAAUUCAGACGCGCUUAAUCGAAGUAUUGCAAUUAAACCUCUCAUAUCAUCAUUAGCUUCAAAUGAUCUCAAUACAUCUACCUCAUUAAUUAAAAAGCCACAACAUCAAAUUACUUAUUGCAAGUCAUGCGGAUGUCCUGAGGUCUGGCAUGAGAUUAAUUCAAGUACAACCAAAUCUAGUAAUGGCAUAGUAUUUUCUUAUAAAUGCAGGCUCAGACCACACUUUUUGCAAACCAAGAAGCGUCGAUUAGUCAGUUUAACAUCUGCAAAAGAGAUUUUAGAAGAAUUAGAAGAUCAUGAUAAUUACCAGGGUGAUGAUACAAUGAACAUUGAUAUUGGUGGAGGUGUCAUAUUUAAUUUAAAAGAUAAAGGAACAAUGAAAAGUGGAAAUAAAUCGAAACAAUGGUAUGCAAAGACAAACAUUCUUGAUCCACAGGGAAUUGAUUGGAUAUGGUCUGUGGUUGGCAAUUUGCAAUUGGAAGGAAUUGUAGCUACUAAAUUGAUUACAAAUGAAAGUGGUAUAAUUAGUUCUGAGGGGGAUCAAAAUAUUGCUAUGCAACAACGUUUAGAAACCGGUAAUUUAUUACUUCAAUUGACCAAAGUUUUUUUAAAAGAUCUAAUUAACAAAUCAAUGAGGACUUACAAAUCUGAAAGACGAGACGAUCCAGGUCCAUCAAGAAGUGCAAAUGUAAAAAAAUUGUUAAUUCCAUAUCACAUAUAUCAGACUCUACAAUCGCAUUCAGAAACAUUUGACUUUUUAACUGGUGAAGGUUUAGCAUCUGACAAAGUCAAAUAA